UUCCUCAACAACAAAAACAAAAACCAACAAAAUCUAUUUUCUAUCUCAUCUCACUUUUUUUCUUGUGUCGUCGAGUAUCAACUAUCAACAAAACAAAACUCUACUAUUCAACGACUUGUAUUGUGUUAUAUAUACACUCUUGGUUCCUCUCAACUUGUCCCUAUCUCAAUCUCUCUCUCUAAAACCCCUCUUCUAUCUUCUCUUAAACCCAUCGACACAACACUAACAAAGGAAAAACGCGAUACUUCUUCUUCGAUAUCUCAUUUCAACCAUUGCCGUUAUUGCCGUUAACGACUGUUGAAUUCCCGAUAUUACGUUUUCAAAGGUAGCAGUGAUGCAUGCUAUGAAAAACCUGUUGUAGAUUCUGUUCCACCUUCACGCUAUCAAUUUAACAGAAAAACUGACAUGGAGGCUCAAAUUCAUCAACUUGAGCAAGACGCAUACUCUGCUGUCUUGCGUGCUUUUAAAGCUCAGUCAGAUGCUCUUACUUGGGAGAAAGAAGGUUUGAUAACUGAGCUAAGAAAAGAGUUAAGGGUUUCAGAUGACGAACACAGAGAGCUUCUUACCAGGGUUAAUUCCGAUGAAAUAAUCCACCGCAUAAGGGACUGGAGACAAACCGGCAUUUACCAACCUCCAAGAAGCACCACAUCACAGCCUGUUCAUGACAUUUUACCCAGUUCAACUGUUUCCGCUUCCCGCAAAAAACAGAAGACAUCUCAUUCGGGUCAGUCAUUGCCUGGUUUGUCAACGGUAAAGUCUGGACCGUACGCUUCUACUGGAUCCGCCGGGGCUAGGCAUUUUGCGAAUCGCAAUUCUAAUCUGAUAUCUAAUGCGCCUGGUGAAGGAGCGUCAUUCAAUCCAUUGAUUGGGAAGAAAGUUUGGACUAGAUGGCCUGAAGACAACCACUUUUAUGAAGCUGUCAUAACUGAUUACAACCCUACCGAGGGCCGGCAUGCUUUGGUUUAUGAUAUUAAUAAAGCAAAUGAAACUUGGGAAUGGGCUGAUCUCAAAGAGAUAUCGCCGGAGGAUUUACGAUGGGAAGGUGAAGAUCCGGGCAUACUCCAAAGAAAUGGACAUAGCAGUCAAGGUCGUGGAGCAAAGAAAUUCUUUAGCCAUGGUAAUGAUACUUUAGGUGCUGGAAGAGGAAGAGGACAUCCAAGAUAUCAACCCAGAAAAGAACUUAUCGCGCAACAAAAUGGUAUUGGAAGUAGAGUUUCGGAUGAGAUUGAGUUGCUGAAUACAGAUGCGCUAGUUAAGGAGGUGGAACGGGUUUUCGCUACAAGUCUUCCAGAUUCCACGGAGCUUGAGAAAGCAAAGCAAAUGCUGAAAGAACAUGAACAGGCGCUUGUUGAGGCCAUUUCGAGGAUUGCAGAUGCAUCAGAUGGUGAAAGUGAUGAAGAGCAACCAUACUUAUAAUGACAGUUAAUGGACACAGGAACAGAGCACAGAAACCAGCUUCAUGGUGGAGACAACCGAGGCUUAUCCUUCGAGUCAUCUAUAUUUUACUCCAAACUUUAGCCUCUGGAAUUAUUGUUUAAUAUGCGAUUCUUUUGUUUGUAAGAAUGCAACUGUAAAAUACUAAAACUGAAAUGAAAAUUCCUUUGGUGCAUUUUUCUCUCAA